AUGUCCACCCCAAAGAGCGCCUCAUACGAUUAUCUCAUCAAGCUGCUGUUGAUCGGCGACUCUGGUGUUGGCAAGUCCUGCCUGUUGCUUCGUUUCUCUGACGACUCUUUCACGCCAUCCUUCAUCACCACCAUCGGAAUCGACUUCAAGAUCCGCACCAUCGAGCUCGAUGGCAAGCGCAUCAAGCUUCAGAUCUGGGACACUGCUGGUCAGGAGCGUUUCCGCACCAUCACCACAGUUUACUACCGUGGAGCCAUGGGUAUCCUCUUGGUCUACGAUGUCACCGAUGAGCGUUCCUUCAGCAACAUUCGCAACUGGUUCUCCAACAUUGAGCAGCAUGCCAGCGAAGGUGUUAACAAGAUCUUGAUCGGAAACAAGUGUGAUAUGCCAGACAAGAAGGUGAUCUCCAAGGAUCAAGGUCAGGCCCUUGCAGACGAGUUUGGAAUCAAGUUCCUGGAGACCAGCGCAAAGUCCAACAUUGGUGUCGAGGAGGCCUUCUUCUCUAUUGCCAGAGAUAUCAAGAAGCGCAUGAUUGACACUCAGACCAACCAAACACAGAACACCAACACCUUGGUAGUGGAGGAUAGAAGUGGAAACAAGGCCGGUGGAUGCUGCAACUAG